UCUCUCUCUCUCUCUGCCUUUUUCUAUUUUCCUUUUUUCAAAUAAUUUAUCAUUUACUUACCCCCAAGAAAGCGUGUUUGAAACCUCACUCUCCAAUUAUAAGCCAACUCAUAGAUCCCCCCUCUCCCAAUUCAAACUUCAACCUCAAUCCCUCGUAUCUCUCUCUCUCUCUCUCACCUUUGUACGCCAAUGCCAAUUCCAAAUCCAACCUUCCUAUUCCUUAUCGCUCUCUUGCUCUUCCCCUGUUUGUCUUCCUCCACCCCCCACAAUGCCGCAAAAGAUACUUCCGCUUUCACUCAACAGUUCAAAGAAGCUCCCCAGUUUUACAAUUCCCCCGACUGCAAAUCCAUCGCCGCCGAUGACGACGAUGACUAUACCUGCUCCGAUGACGUUGUCCAUAUUGCCAUGACUCUCGACACCACCUACAUUCGAGGCUCCAUGGCAGCCAUCCUCUCCGUCCUUCAGCACUCUUCCUGCCCGCAAAACGUCUUCUUUCACUUCGUCUGUUCCUCUAGCCCCUCCCUUCUUCGUUCUGCCAUCUCCAAUUCCUUCCCUUAUCUUCAAUUUCGACUCUACAACUUCGUCGACUCCACCGUCUCCGGCCUCAUCUCCACCUCCAUUCGCUCCGCCCUCGACUGCCCCCUCAACUACGCUCGCAGUUACCUGGCCAACCUUCUUCCGCUCUGCGUCCGGCGAGUGGUGUACCUGGAUUCUGACCUGCUUCUCGUGGAUGACAUCGCGAAACUAGCCGCCACGCCACUGGGAGAUAACACAGUUCUGGCAGCCCCUGAAUACUGCAACGCCAAUUUCACCUCCUAUUUCACGCCCACAUUUUGGUCCAAUCCCUCCUUGUCGCUCACCUUUGCGGAUAGAAAAGCUUGUUAUUUCAAUACAGGGGUGAUGGUCAUUGAUCUGGAGCGGUGGCGAGCAGGGGAUUACACGACGAAGAUCGAGGAAUGGAUGGAACUACAGAAGAGGAUGAGAAUCUACGACCUGGGUUCGUUGCCUCCGUUUCUGCUCGUUUUUGCGGGAAAAAUAGCUCCGGUGGAUCACCGUUGGAACCAACACGGUCUCGGCGGAGACAACCUCCGUGGGCUUUGUAGAGAUCUGCAUCCUGGUCCCGUGAGUCUAUUGCAUUGGAGUGGGAAAGGCAAGCCAUGGGCUCGAUUGGACGCUAACAGGCCUUGCCCUUUAGAUGCACUCUGGGCACCUUACGAUCUAUUGCAGACUCCAUUUGCUUUGGAUUCUUGAAGCUUCGAUUCUUGUGCACUUUACGAUCUACGCGGGCUCGAUCGAGAGGGUAAAAGAAACCAACAGUGCAAUACAUGAAGGAGGGAGAAAAAUAGUUGGUUUUUUGUGGAUUACGUAAUGCACGGCACAGAUACGAAGAGCUCAUCAUCAUCGAUCAGCCACAAGUAAUGAAGAUGAGUGGGGUUCAUCAUCAGUUUUCCAGUGAGGGAUCUAAGUGAGAUGAUUGGAUCAAAUAACAAUGUAUAGCAAAAGAGUUGCGUUUUACGG